AAAAUAGUAGUCUUCAGACCAAGAAGACAAUUCUAAAGCAAAUCAUUUUGGUGGAAAAAUCAUCCCAGGAAAGAUCCUCAAGAGAUCAUCCCAGGAAUUUUAAGUUUAGAGAAGUUGGCAGUUAUGGCAAGAGGAUUAACAGACAUCAGGGCAACCAGAAGAGAGGCUUAAGGCAAGGAAGGAAAGUUUCUAAUAAGUCAAGAGAGCGUGAAUGUGUAUUUAGGAAAACUUUCCAUCAAAAAUCAGUCCUUCAGAUACAAAGGAAUGUUCCUUCAGAAAAGAAUCUCCAUAAAUAUAAUCCACAUGGAAAUAGCUUUAAAUUAUAUUCAGACUUGAAUAGUUAUAAUGGAAUCUCCUCGGGAAGAAAACCUCAUAUGAUUAAUGCUUACAACAAGGCCUUCAGUUACCAUUCAGACCUUAUUCGAUAUCACAGGGUAAUAGCUAGAGAAAAACCCUAUGCAUCUGAUGAAUUUGGCAGAGUCUUCCAGCAGAGGCGACACCUUACUCGACGUUACAGAAUUCGACCUGGAGAUAAACCAUAUACGUGUGCAGAAUGCGGGAAGACCUUUAGUCGAAUUCCCUAUCUUAUGCUACAUCAGAGGAUUCAUACUGGAGAGAAGCCCUAUAAAUGUAAUGUCUGUGAAAAAGCCUUUUGCCAAAGAGGACAUCUCACUGAACAUCAGAGAAUUCAUACUGGAGAGAAACCCUAUAAAUGUAACAUAUGUAAAAAAGCGUUUACUCAGAGUGGACAUCUUACUGAACAUCAAAAAAUCCAUAAUGGAGAGAAACCCUACAAAUGUAGUGAAUGUGGAAAAACCUUUAGCAAUAAAUCAUCCCUUAUUCUACAUCGCAGAUUUCAUACUGGAGAAAAACCAUAUAAAUGUUAUGAAUGUGGGAAAGGCUUCACCAAUAGCUCAGUCCUUAUUGUGCACCAGAGAAUUCACACUGGAACCAAACCCUAUAAAUGCCACGAUUGUGGGAAAGCCUUUCUUCAGUAUAUAGGCCUUGUAGUCCAUCAGAGAAUUCAUACUGGAGAAAAACCUUAUAAAUGUCACAUAUGUGAAAAAGCCUUCAGCCAGAGUGGACAUCUCAGUGAACAUCAUAAAAGUCACAAUGGAGAAAAACCCUAUGAAUGUAAUGAGUGUGGGAGAGCCUUCAGCAAUACCUCAUCCCUUAUUCUGCAUCACAGAAUUCAUACUGGAGAAAAACCUUACAAAUGUAAUGACUGUGGGAAAGCCUUUAGUAACAGCUCAGUUCUUACUGUCCAUCAAAGAAUUCAUACGGGAUCAAAACCGUAUAAAUGUCUUGAAUGUGGGAAGGCCUUUCUCCAGUGUAUAGGUCUUAUUGUACAUAGGAGAACUCAUACUGGAGAGAAACCUUAUAAAUGCAAUGUAUGUAAAAAAGCCUUCAGUCAGAGAGGACACCUUACUCAACAUUUGAAAAUUCAUAAUGGAGAGAAGCCCUACAAAUGUAGUGAGUGUGGAAAAGCUUUUACCCAGCGGGGACACCUUACUGAACAUCGGAGAAUUCACAGUGGAGAGAAACCAUAUACGUGUAAUGAAUGUGGUAAAGCUUUUAGCAAUCACUCACACCUCACUCUCCAUCACAGAAUUCACACUGGAGAGAAGCCCUAUAAAUGCAGUGAAUGUGGAAAAGCUUUCAGUCAAAGGGGUCACCUCACUGAACACCAAAGAAUUCAUACUGGGGAGAAGCCUUACAAAUGUACAGAAUGCAGCAAAGCCUUUAGCAGCCGUUCACGGCUCACACUACAUCAUAGAAUUCAUACCACGGAAAAACCACGUAAACGUCGUGAACGUAAAAAAGCCAUCCCCCACGAUGUGGACCUUCCUCAGUGUCAGAGAAUGAAAACUGGGGGGAAGUGUUAUAAAUGUACUGAAUGUAGCAAAGCCUUCCGAAGCAACUCUUCCCUAGCUCUUCAUCAGAGGAUUCACAGUGGAGAAAAGCCCUAUGAAUGUAGUGAAUGUGGAAAAGCAUUUACCCGGAGAAUAUACCUUACUAAACACCAGAGACUUCAUAAUGGGAUGAAAACUUAUAAAUGUAGUACAUGUGGUGAGAAUAGUACUCAGUGUACAUGUCUUCCUCAACAUCAGACAAUUCAUUCUAGAGAGACACCUUCCACGUCUGGUGAUUAUUCAGAAACCUUCAAUAAUAAUUCAUCUCUUACUCCACAUUCCAAAAAUCAUAGUAGAAAAAAAUCCUUUGAAUGCUAUGAAUGUGGAAAGCCUUUCAGCAGUCGUGCAGGCCUUAUUGUACAUUUGAGAGUUCAUACAGGAGAGAAACCAUACAAAUGUAACACAUGUGAAAAAGCCUUCAGUCAGAGAGGACAUCUAACUGAACAUCAAAAGAUUCAUAAUGGAGAAAAGCCCUAUAAAUGCAGUGAAUGUGGAAAAGCCUUUAGCCGGAGAAUGUACCUUACUCAGCAUCAAAGAAUUCACACCGGAGUUAAACCUUAUAAAUGCAACAUAUGUGGUAAGGCCUUCACCCAAUCUUCAGGCCUUACACAGCAUCAAAUAAUUCAUUCUAGAGAGAAACUCUACAAAUGUAGUGAAUGUGGAAAAGCCUUCGGUAACAGCUCUUCACUUAACUUACAUCAGCAAAUACAUGUGGAAGAGAAACCUUAUAAAUGUAAUGAAUGUGGAAAAAUUUUUAGUAAUCAGUCAUCUUUUAAUCUACAUCAGAGAACUCAUACUGAAGAGAAACCCUAUAUAUGUAGUGAAUGUGGAAAAAUCUUUAGCAGCAAUUCAUCCCUUGAUCUGCAUCAGAGAAUUCAUUCCACAGACAAACCCUAUAAAUGUAAUGAAUGUGGAAAAGCCUUUAGUCAGCAGGGAGGUCUUGCUCAGCAUCAGAAAAUUCAUAAUGGGGAGAAACCGUAUAAGUGUAAUGAAUGUGGGAAAGCUUUCAUUUAUAGUAUGCAACUCACUCGACAUAUGAGAACUCAUACUGGGGAGAAGCCCUAUAAAUGUAGUGAAUGUUCUAAAGCCUUCAGUGAAAGCUCAUCCCUUAUUGUCCAUCAGAGAAUUCAUUCUGGAGAAAAGCCAUAUAAAUGUAACGGAUGUGGGAAAGUCUUCAGUGCACAGGGGAGCCUUACAAACCAUCAGAGAAUCCAUACUGGAGAGAAACCUUAUAAUUGCAGCGAAUGUGGGAAAUCUUUCAGCUCCAGCUCAUCCCUUGCGAGACAUAAAAGAACACAUACUGGGGAAAAGCCCCAUAGAUGUCUUGAAUGUGGGAAAGCCUUUACUCACAGGUCAUCCUUUACUGUACAUCAGAGAAUUCAUACUGGGGAAAAACCCUACAAAUGUAGUGAGUGUGGAAAAGCUUUCAAUGAGGGAAGAGGACUUCUUCAACAUCAGAGAAUUCAUACUGAAAAAAAAUUCUAGUUCGGUGAUUUUGGGACAAACUUCCCCCAAUUGGAAAACUAUUUGGCAUCAGAAAAUUCAUGCUUGGCAGAAAAAUAUUACAAAUAAUAUGCAUGUGAAAAGACCUUGUGGAUUAGUGCAGGUAUCAGAGAUUUCAUAAAAGAGAUGAACUCUUGUUAUAAAUACCAGGAAGUUUAAGAUUUGUUAACUUAUGUAUCUGAGAAUUAUGAUAAUUAGUUUUUCAUUUGGGAAUUGAGAGAAAAAAAAGGUUUCCCUAGACAUUUGCCUCUUCCCUACAACACACCUGGCCACAGUACAUUUGUAUAGAUCCAAGUAAGAGGUUCAAGGUGUGAGACCUAGCAGCUGUUGGCCUCUUAGCUUUCUAGAAUAGAAAAAAAGGAAUUUGUUCCUUAAAACAUUUUAGUAAGAUAACACAGGAAAUAUAAAGAUGCUAAUAACCUGAAUUUCUACUGAGAUAUAUUUAUAGGCAGUUCUGUUAAUUGUGAGCACCAAUUCACAUCAUUUUUAUUGAUGUACAUCUAACAGUUCUCAAUGGCCAUCGUCAUGAAACCUGAUUGAUAGCUUGUUCUUCGGAAUCUAAAAGAAGAUGGGGGGGGAGUGUAUAUGGAUCUUAUAAUUUGGGGAUGUAUAGAGGAAGGGUGAUGGGAAGUUGUUCCAGAAGUACAGAAACUCAAUAGUGAGUGGUGUUUGUGCACCUCUCCGUGGAAAUGAAGGAUCUGGCAGUUAUUUAACAAUGUGGAGUAGAACCCAAAUGAGACAGAAACUGUCAUUCUGGGCUCCCCAAAGUAUUCUUCAUCCUGAAGUUUUGGGUGUCCUUAUUCUCAGAGCCCUUCCCUGUUUUAGACUUUCAAAUUAUCUUGAUCUUCCCCUCACAUUUCUUCACAGCAUCUUAGAUGUAUCAGCAUGGUUAAUUUGCAUUCCGAAUUAGGGUAACUAUGAAACUCUUCUAUCCCUACAGGCAGUGUGAGUUAAUUAAGCUGAAGAAAUCUGCCACUGGUAAUAUCUUAGCUUCUACCACAGAUUUCAGACUUUUAAGGGAGAUCUUUGGAGUUGCUUCAAAUCACAGUAUCACCUACAUAAAAGGGCAGCUUGAGGAUCAAAUAUGGAGGAUUGUGUGCUUUCCUUAGGGCCCUCCGGGGACACUGCCCUAGAGAACUGUAAACAGGAGCUUUAUUAGGGGUGUGACAUAAACAAGUGAAUUGAUCAAAAGACAGUUAAAGAGCAUAGAGACUUCCUGGAGAGGCCACACUGGAAGGGAGGGUCAAAAAUUCUUUCCAGCUCCCAGGAGAGAAGGGAGUUGCUGGAGUUUCAGGCUCAGGCUGCUCAAAUCACCUAAGUCUAAUGUUUCUCUAGCACUGACUGUAGCAACUUUGGGUGACAAGGACAGGACCAGCAGCCUUUACCUGUCCUCUGGAAGUUUCUCAAACUUUAGAACUAUGGACACCCACCAAAAUACCAGGGAAUGUUUAGUGGAGAGCAUCUUCUCAGGGAAGCUCAUCUUUCUAGCAUGGGGUACUCUCUAGGGAGAGCAGGCCUUUGGGAAAGGAGGUUGAGUUGUGGGACAGCCAGACAGUAGGAGAAGGUCUGUAGAUCUCGGGGAAUUUAGAGACAGUAUAUCUGAAUUCAUUGAGCACUCAAGGGAGGUGAAAAUAACUUGCAUGUCUGACUUUAAUUGGCUUUAUGAAUGUCUUUUGUUCUCCCAUUUUGGUCAUUUCCAAAUCCCAAUUGAGCUCUUCUUGAAACAAGAAAAGCAUGAGACCAAUGAUAGUUCAAACAGAAUGUUUUACGUAUUUAUAUACACAGACAUAUGUUUUUAUACAUACAUAGACAUUCCAUGCCUUUCUACAGAAAGGGAAGGACUUGGUUGUGAUUUCUCAGAGUUAACCUUUUUAAAAUUUCUACUGCUGUCAUCACCAUAUGCUUUUUUUCUCAUCUUAGUCCGUUCAUAAGUUAUUCUUAUGUUUCUGCAUUCCACGUAAUUUUAGUUUCUUAGAGCACAACACUACAUCCCCUUGCCUUCAUAUACCCAGUGGGUUUAGCUUGUCCCCAAAUGUCAGCCCUGCACUGACCACCUGGCUGGGUCCCAGCUGCCCAGUUCUCACCCGCCUCCUGCAGAUCUGCAGUAUGCUUCAGGGCGGCUGGGUGGUACAGUGUCAGGAGCACCUGAUCUUAAAUCCAGCCUCAGACGCUUGUGAGAUAUGUGACCCUGAACAAGUCCCUUAGCAUGUUUGCUCAACUAUAAAACAGACAUAACAGCACCUUCCUCCUGGAGGUGGUGGUGGGGAUCAAAUAAGGUAAUAUUUGUGCAGCACUUGGCACAGCAUGCUGACAUGCCUGGCUUGUAGGAGCUACUGGAGAGAUGCUUAUUCCCUUCCCUUCUCCUCUGCCCUUCAGUGGGGAGAACCCAUGAAGGGCCAUAGCUGGAGAGCCUUUGUACCGACCCAUGGAGACACCAGUAGUUACCAGCCCUUUGGUAGAUGAGAAAGACAUCCCAAUGGCAAAGAACCCACCCCUUGCAUAUGCAGAGAAGAAAACCUAAAUCUUGGGGGUUAAGUACCUCCCCAAGGACACAUUAAACAGCAGAGUAUCUGAUAUCAAACCUCGCCCUCUUUCCACAACACCCAUCCGAAGGCCAUAACUGAAGGGGCUCAGGAGCCAGCUUCUAGGAUGUGGGAGAGCUGCAUAGGCAGCUCCAUGGACAAAAGGAAUGGACUCAUUGGUACCUUAGAGUAGGGGGAAAGAGGUACUUUGGCUUCUCACAGAUGCAUCCAGAAAGGACCUGUUCCCACUGGGAAAAGCCCAGUAGGAUCGUCCCUCUGUCAUUGAGCUGCCCUCCUCACGUCCCUUCCCUGGCACCCAAGUGGAGGUAUUAGCAUGCUGCUUUGGUUGUGCUUUUCCCUUGUUGCCCAUAUCCUUGGAUACAUCAAAAUCUCCAUUGUGAGAGUGAAACUGUGCUGUAAUAAAUGGCCUGCUGCUUUAAGAA